GGUUCUAGGCGUGCGUGCGACUCUCGCUCGCGUCCGCGCCUCAAACGGCAUUGAGCUCGCGUUGCGUUCGCGCGUUCCGCACCGGCGUCUCGCAGCGCGGUUCUCCCGAGUGCUUGGUGUGAGAGUGGCCGGCGGAUACCGCCUGCAGGACUUCAGGAAGGCGAUGGCCGGCAACAAUGGUGGCAAUAUCGUCGCCGAGUGGCUGCGCUCGUUGCACCUCGGCCAGUACGCUGAAUCCUUCAUCGACAACGGCUACGACGACCUGGAGAUCUGCAAGCAGGUGGGCGACCCAGACCUAGACGCUAUCGGUGUCUUCAAUCCGACACACCGCGCCCGCCUACUGCAGUCGGUACGCACGCUGCGCGAAGAAGGCGCCGCGAGCGUCUAUUCGCUGGAGGAGAGUGUCGCGGUACACGAGGAGUGUUUGUGCGAUAAUGUGAGUGCGCGGUCGUCGCGGACCUCGUCAGGCCGGUGCUCCGAGAAGGAACAGUGCGGUGGCAUUGGAGCACCCGCUGCGUCGCCGGCUGCCUCCUCGUCAGCGGACAGUGGGCCCGAGUUGGCCAAGUACGUCGAUGAGUACGAAGAGGGUAAAGCCGAACUGGUCAAGAUACCACGCAUGCAGUUGAAGAUACUUCUUCGGGACAAACUCGCUCACGAUGGCAUCAAGUUGACCUGUCAGCCCUACACUACUCCGGAUGGUGAACGUGGUUAUCUCGAAGGAUUGGCUUCAAGAUACGCGGAUCUAUUCAGUACGCAUUACGGCGAUGUUUUGAGUUAUCUUGAGGAUCUUCGACGAAGAGAUUGGGCGGAAUUGUCGCCUCGUGAGCGAGUCGCUGCAUCUCCUGGUACUCCACCCGGUGGUGCCCACUAUGCUCCUUUACCAUCUGGGGGUGGAGGAAGUGCCGGUCUUACCUCCUCGCAAUCUCAGCCCAUUUACGUGCCCGGCAAAUAUUCUCCAUCCAGUUGUUUGAGUGCUAAAGAAUAUUCUCCAUCCAGUUGUCUGAGUGAUAAGGAAGAGGACGAGAUUUAUGGAUUUGGGUAUGGUGUGUACGGUGCCCAGAUGGUUCGACAGCAACAGGCUCGAUUGAUGAACGUUCAAACUGCACAUCAACCCAUGUUCAUGCAGCAACAACACCAAAAUUACGAAUCGUGCCUAAGUCCACGUUCGGCAUACUUCUACGAAUUUCCCCCCAAUGAGCAAAACUACACGAACACCGCAAAGAAGAAAACGACAUUCCAAGGAUUCUGCAGCGGCCCCAAAACUCUCGCACGCGGGCUGAUUGACUUUAAAGGCCUUGUUGUACUAUUUCCCAAAGCGAAGGUCGACACCCCUGACAGCGUCUUACAAAGCGGUUUGGGUCUGACCGACUUGGGACAACACGCCGUUUUAAGAUCGAUGGUAGAUCCGAGGGAUUACGACCGUCUUAGGCACUUACAGAUGAAUGGAGGAUCCUCCAACACGUUUGAGGAAACUAUUUACAAGCUGAAACUGCAAGAGGCGCUGCGCAAGCGGGAGAAGUUUACAAAGGAACACGAGGACAUUUUACGGGACAUAAAACAAGGACUAUUACAAUUGGGCAAGGAGGGAAUCCGCGGCCCUAUGACGGCAGAUGAUACAUACAUGUAUGAUGAAGACGCGCGGAUGCUGGCACCCGGAGCGCACGGUCACGAUCGACCGCAUUGGUACGACGAACCUCCAUACGAAAGUGAUCCGGAAGAUUUCCUAAUGGGGAGCAGUCCUGGCGGGCCCACUGCCACUAUACAGAAUGGCAGGGUCUGCUUCACAUUGAACCUAAGGCAGGAGCCAAAGGGCGAAGGAGUUAUUUCACUUCGAAGCGCUGGCGAUAUCUCUCUGCCAAGGGACACCCCUACAUCAGCGGCGGCGUCCCAAAGGGGUGGCACACCCCGCAGGGGGUUGAUUUUACCUCAAGCCGGCUAUCCACCGACUAUUAUACCUUUAACUCAUUCAAGGGACAGAGAAAGCGGGGAUUAUGCCGGUUCUGAUGUGCAAAGCGUCAGUUCAAGAUUAUCCACGCUUUCAGUAGAUACAAGCCGAUCAGAACAUCAAGAUCCUGCCGCGGUGGUCUCUCCUCAAUACUACACUGCAUUAGAAGAGAAAAUACGCCAUUUUCGAAAAACCGGUGGUGGAUACACCAGGUCAGAGGAUGGUUUAUCACCCAGUCAAAGCUCGGACUACGAGGAUCAGGAGGACUAUAAUAAUUGUAGUCAACAGAUUGCCACAGUACAUAUGUCUGGUGAUGGAAGAUCAGCGGGUGUCUCCAAUUUGGUUGGUAAGGUCCGUGGUCUUCGUGAAGAUGUUCAGAGAAAAAUCUCUCGCCUCAAGCAGGAAUCAGUUGAACAACAACAAAGGCGGGAAGCAUUUCCGUGUUCGGCUAGCUCAGUAGAAAGUCUUCCAAGCGGUUCAGGCUCUAGUACACAAGCUUUGGUCAGAGCCGGUAGUAAUCACAGCUCAAUAUCAGCAGAAGAUGCUGAACCGAGUCCUACUGAACCUCACGUCAUUGGUAGAGCGAAAGCGUUAGUUGAUUGCACUCCUAGUCCUUACGAUAAAGAAGCUUUAAGAUUUAAGAAGGGUGAUAUAAUUGAGAUCCUCUCCAUGAAUGCGAGUGGCCAAUGGAAAGGGAUCUGUCAUGGCCGCAAGGGUACUUUUAAAUUUAUAAAUGUGGAACUGAUGUCCGAGAGAAAUAUCAAAGUAAGACGGGAACGUGAGCAUGGUAUAAAAUGGCAUCGAAAUGUGAAAGGGAGGCCUAAGAGUGUGGAAGAUCUGUUGGUGAAGAUUGGUCUUCAGGAGUACAUAUCAGUGUUUGUCCUCAAUGGCUAUGAAGAUUUGGAAUUGUUCAAGGAAAUCGAGCCUUCUGAUCUUGACUAUCUCGGUAUUAUCAGUGAUGAUCAUCGGGCCAAAAUACUAACAGCCGUUCAACUGCUACAUGAUCUCGAUUCAGGUAGUGAAGGUGAUAUUGCGGGUUCGAGUAGUGAAGGUGACGAACACACCAGGGCGCCGAAUCGAGAUCAAAGUGGUAGAGCAUGCUCACCCUUUGGCCGGCGGCAAUUUCCCCGCGAUUCGGGUUGUUACGAUGCUCCAUUGAAUUCGCGCGCUGCCCAUCAUCACCACCACGCUUCUCCUCAUGGGGAGUCUGAUGCUAGCGAAAGUGGCGGUUUCUGCGACGGCACCAACAACCUAGAUUCCGUCGUGGAGCAAUGUAACAAUGAGAUCCUCGCACGCGUCCGACAAGCGCAGAAGAACGCUUUGAAUCUCAAGGAGGACGUCUACCAGCCCAACAUCCCCAAUCCGGGGAUUGGGGGCGAGACCGCCCGACGCGCCAAGGACUCCUACGUGAGUAUGCACGGACAAACGACACUAACAGACCCCUGUAGACGCACUCUGUUGACGCGCACAAGUGGUAGGAGGGCAACCAGCGGUGGCGGCAGUGGUGAGGACAGCUGCGAGGCGGACCAACGCUCGCAUAGUGUGCGCUACGUCGUCGGGGGCGGCGGCGAUGGGGUAGAAGCGGGUGCAGGCGGGCGAGGCUGCCUCAGCGAGAAGUCGAGCGAUUCGGGAGUCAGCAGCAGUUCGCUGUCGUCCACCCAUCCGAAGGACGGGCCAUCCGCCUCUCUUGCUUCUCGCCCCACAGCUCCGCAGAAUAUCACCGAGAAUCCAAUCCCACUCCAGCAUCCCAUCCUUAGUUUUACGACGAAUUGUGCCAAUACUCGUACGACAACGUCCAAUACUGCCAAUAAGAAUCUCGCUUAACUGUUUAUUCUAAAUACGCCAUACACAUUUACACACACUCACACACGAAACGUACUGAUCCAUGCGCGAUACUUAUCAAUUAAAGAAUGCAUUUUAUAUAAAGAUUUUGUACAUUUUUUUAACAUUGUAUCGAAACAACAAUCUACAACUAUUUAUGACUUAUUUAUGAACUUACUUUUAGAAGCUCAAGCCCUUUGUAACGAUUGCGACAGGAAUCAUUCAAAUACUCGUUAAUCAAUUCAAUCGAUAGAAAGUUACCAAAUAUCGAUCGAGUAACAAGCGAUUUUCUGUCCAAGUCGUAAGCAUACUUAAAUUAAUUAACUUAAUUAAGAAUUGUUUGUACAAUGAAACGAUGGAUUGACCGUUGCAAAGUUUAUAAUUGUAUAUAAGAACUCCCGGAAAAGUGAUAAGUUUUACCACAUAAGUUUUGUGUACAUAUUUCUCUAUCUGUAAAUAAAAAUUUAGCAAGUUUUUUAUCUGAAUGUACAUACACUUACGAAUCAUGCAAUUAUUUAUUUCGAGAUGAAACGAAAAGACCACUAGUCUUGCUUUAGCUAUUAAAAUUCAUUGUACAUAUUCGCGUUAUACAAAAAACAGAAGCUUAUUACAUCUAAAUUAAAUCUAAGAAGCAAUUGACGAUUUGGCGGACGGAAGUAGAGCGGAAAUAAUAAGGACGAAAUAACAACACAUAAUCAAAUUUAGAACUUUUCUAUUAUAUUGUAAUUAUCAUGUAAUUAUGAUUAUUAUUAUUGACUGGACUAAUAUUAAAUUUUAUUAUUGAAUGAAUCUUGUGAGCAAGAAUGCAGUGAAGAACGAUAGGCAUAUCACCUAUUAUUAUACAUGUUACAUGUAUUAGGAUAUGUUACAUAUACAUGUCAGUCAAUAAAAUAGGAGAAUUUAUUAAAUUAA